UGGUGGUGAGACAAUACCAGCUAGUGUGAGAGAGAGUGUGUAUUAUGAAUUGUGACGUUGGAACCAAGUUGUCUUUCAUCCAUAAUUCUGAUAGUCUGUCCUACUUUCCUUUUCAACUUCUCUUUCCUUCUCUUUUACAAUGCACACACACAAACACACACACACACACACACACAGAUUAUUUAGACACACAAACAAAUACUCCAUUCUAAGCUAGACAUUAGCCAGUAGACAGUGAGAUAGUGAGUAGGGGCUUGUGAGAGAGAGAGAGAGAGAGAGAGAGAGAGAGAGAGAGAGAGAGAGAGAGAAGGGAGGGAGAAAGCUAGAGGCAAUCCCGCCCAUUCUUGCCCUAGUCUUAUAAAGGACCUCAAGAAUGAAAAAGACCUGCUGAGAAGUGCAAGCCAACAACUUAGGAAACAGAGGGAGAGCCAGAACAGGAGUGAGAGAGGGAGAACGAAGAGAGGAAGUGAGAAAGGACUUUUUAAAAAAGGCUGUACAAAUGGAUGAACAACAACAACAAGAAAUGAAAGUCAAGAAUUCGUGGCACAGGCCGCAGAUCAUCGUUGUCACUGCGCUUAUUGCAGUGGGAAUCAUCAUAAUGGUGGCCAUAGCAGUAGUACAACACAAACCUCUAAAUCAGAAAUACAAGUAUGGGAUAGUCCUUGAUGCAGGGUCUUCCCACACAUCUGUUUAUAUCUACGAGUGGCCAGCUGAAAAAGAGAACAACACUGGCAUGGUUCAGCAGAAACAUUCAUGCAAUGUAAAAGGCAAAGGGAUCUCCAGUUACUCAGGGACUCCACAUAAGGCCGGUGAGUCACUGAAGGAGUGUAUGGAUGAGGCCAAGAAGACCAUACCUAAACACAGACACCAAGAAACCCCUGUAUACCUGGGAGCCACAGCAGGCAUGAGACUACUCAAGAUGGACGAUAACACUGCCUCCGAAAAGGUGUUGAAGUCUGUGGCGACAUCUCUUCAGACUUAUCCAUUUUCCUAUGAGGGAGCUCGUAUUAUCAGUGGCCAAGAGGAGGGAGCUUUUGGCUGGAUCACUGUCAACUACCUGAGUGAUAACUUCAGAAAGGCUUCUGGGACUGUGGGAGCUCUUGACCUAGGUGGAGCCUCCACUCAGAUCACCUUCGUGUCUAGGCAGGAACUGGAGUCUCCAGACAACUCUAUUGAUUUCCGGCUCUAUGGAAACGAUUAUCAUCUUUACACCCACAGUUUUCUUUGCUAUGGAAAAGACCAAGUGCUCAAGCUUUCUUUGGAAAAGCAGAUCGAACCAAAACUUGAUAUGACAGAUAACAUAAUUCUGGAGGACCCUUGUUUCCAUCCAGGCUAUAAUGUCAAUAAGAGUUUUCAGAGUGUCUUUGACAGCCCUUGUGUCAAAAAGAUUAACCGUUUCCUGAGACAACAAAGUUUCAUCCAUAAAGGUCUUGGGGAUUGGAAUAAAUGCCAUGAAGCAAUCAAGAAGGUCUUUAAUACUACUUACUGUCGUUAUUCAAGAUGUUCCUUUAAUGACAUCUUCCAACCCCCUGUGGAAGGAAGAUUUGGGGCGUUUUCUGCUUACUUCUUUGUGAUGAACUUUUUAAAUCUGACCACUUUCAACUUAGAUGAGGCUAAAAAAAACCUGGCAACGUACUGCACCACUUCCUGGGACACAUUAAAGCAAAAACACCCAAACGUGAAGGAGAAGUAUCUUGCAGAAUAUUGCUUCUCAGGUACCUAUAUCAUAACCUUGCUGGAAGACGGGUACAGAUUCACUAAUGAAACCUGGGAAAACAUUGACUUCAUCAAGAAGAUUGGGGACAGCGAAGCUGGAUGGACGCUGGGAUACAUGUUGAACCUGACAAACAUGAUCCCUGCUGAAGCUCCAGACACUCCACUCCUGCCUUAUGGGGGCUAUGUCAUGCUCAUGCUCAUCCUCUCUCUCCUGAUUUUUGUCUUUUUCAUACUUGGUUAUAUAUUCUUCCGCCGACCAUCUGGCCCAACCCAUAAAGAAAUAAUUUAGACUUUAACAGGCACUGACAUUCUACUGUCUGUCCUUAUGGAACAAAUAGUUCUGAAGAACAAAACCUAUGGGACUAAAAACCACUUUUUUAAGCUCUUUUUCAAGAGUUUUAAGCUCUGUGAUUUAAUAACAGAUCAGUGUAAGACAAUAGAGACUUAAUACCUCAUUUGAAGGAGACAAAGACUGAAAUCAAGGAUUUGAAAUCCUGUUGAAUUGGAGGAGAUGAUGUGUAUUCACAUUUCAGAUUUCUACUCUUUAAAGGUUGAUUAAAAAAAAAUCUCAGGAGCAAAGAUUAUAGCUGAAAUUGCAGGAGGCUGUAGAGUUCUUCUAAAAGAAACUGUGCACUGAUAAAUGUAUAUUGUGUGCCUUCAAUCCUUAUGAAGAACCAAUAAUUAAUCCUUGCACAUACAAAAAUAUUUUAUUCAAAAUGCAAUAUAACUGCCUGGCAGGAAAAGGCAGGCGUAGCAAUGUAGCUCUAUAGCUACUGUAUGUUAAGGCCAUAUAUAAUGCACUUAAAUCUGAGUAGUUAUAGUAUUAGUUCAUUAUGAUGUUUCUGCAAGCACACUGUGUUUCUUUUACUGAAAGAUAAGACACACCAUUAAAUCUGUUUAAUUUUUUUUUUUGGUCUUUUUAUCCAAAUGUAUAGUGUUUAUACUGUAUGUUAAAUAUAAUGAUGAUAGAUGUUCAAAAUGACAGAAUGUUUGGUCAAAUGGAGGCACAUUCAUUUAAAAGCACUGUGUACUGUCUAAUGUUAUGUUAUUCCUGUAACAUGUACACUACAGACCAAAGGUAUGGAAGCAAGCAAGUGCUUUCUGAAGCGUCAGAGGUGUUUUGCAAUUAGUUAACAACCAAUAAACUGCAUAUUUACUGAGAUCGAUAUUAACCAAAGAUUUUUCUAAUAAAAUUGCUCUAGUUGUACAGUGAUGUACUCUCAUUCUAAGGUGUUGGUUUGUUGACAGUAGUCCCUUACACACACCAGUUCCUAGUAAUUUACAAAUGUAAAAUGAUUCAACUGUAACAUGAUUCAGACAUCAUUAAUUGUACACUAUGUCCACUGACAUUUAGUCAAAUUUUGUAAACAAACAAAAAGUUACUGUUGCUUCCAAACAUUUGGCAUGUAGUGUACAUAAAGCAUAUUGUAUACAUGUGGCAUAUAGUGUGUAAUAGAUACAGCUGGAUGACAAAAUAUAAAGUAUGUUAUUAAGGUGUAGGCUCACACAUAACAGCUUCAGUGUGCCUUGGCAUAUAUGCCUCCGGAAGUGUACUGGAGGGAUGAACACUAUCGAACAACAUUACAUCAAUCAGUGUUUUGAUCAUGGUGGUGGAGAACACAGUCUAACACGUUGGUUUGUUGACUGUGAGGGCCACAGCCUAUGAUUUACAUCAUUUUCAUACUCAUCAAGUCAUUCUGUGAGCCAUCAUACUGUAUAUACAGUAAAUAUAUUAGAAGCAAAGUUCCUUACAUUGUUUAGUUCUUUAUUUUUAGUUAUUCAGCAUGUCAAAGUAAUAAACAUCUGUCAUGCCUUACAAAGGUUUACAGUGAGCCACAAUUCCACAGGAAUAUAAUAAGUACACAUUGCCACUGUUAUUGAAGUACAUAAUAUGAAUUAUUGAUUUGAUGGUGUUUCAUGGGUGUCCAUGGGUAUAAUGUUUAUUAGGAUUACAUAAAAGCCCUAAACUUCCACUAUAUAGAUAACCAAUUUGCAUAUAUAUUUUUUUCAUGAGAGCAUUAGUGUGAAGGCUGUGGCAAUGCAUUGAAAUUGAAGAUUAGUACUUUGUAUAUCUAUAUAUGAUUUCAGUCCAUACAUUGCCAUUAUAUGGUAUUAUAUUGUAUUAGAAGUUCUAUCUGGGUUAAGAAAGAAUGGGAUAUUCAUUAAGGUCACAAUAUAUUCAGCUGUAUUAAACAUAACUGUCCAAUACAAACCAAAUGCAGCAUAAAUCAUUUUCAGCUAGAACUCUGAAUUAUCCAAGACACUACAUUAUGCAGUCUUGUGCGUUGAGGCAAUAAAUAAAAGAUGGAGUCA